AUGGGCAAAAAGUCGAAGGAUAAAAAAACUCAUAAACAUAAACAUAAACGUUCGCAUAGAGAUUCUUCUCAAAGUGCUUCGUCUGAACAACAGAGAGAGUUUCUGGCACGCCUUAGUAACGAACAAACAAUAAAUGAACAGCCACGACUCGAGCAACCUCGUACGAGAAUUAGACUUUCAUACAGACGAACUGAUGACGAUGACAAUCCGAGGGUGGAAAGUAGUUCUCAAGUGCAAGAUAAUAACGAGGAGGAAGAUCUUGUCGAUGAUCAAAUGAAUGUAAAUGUAGAGGAUAACGAAAUUGCCUCUGCUCCGAGAGAAACCCCUCGAAGAACGAUAUUGAGAUUGAAAUUUAAUCCAGAUUCAUCAUCAAAAAAGAAUAAAAAGCGUAAGCAUAAACAUAAACGCCGCUCCGAAGUUAUUGAGGCUUCGUCAUCGCAUUCUCAUGAAAAAGUCAACAAGGGGAAACGUAAAGCACGGGAUCUUAUUGAAGGUUCAAAUCUUGAAGAUUCUGAUCGAAAACAAAGUGAUAAAGGUGAUGAUAUCGUAUUAACCCAUUCUCGAAAGAAGGUCAAACAUCAAAGGAACAUUGACGUGAAUGAAAUUGUUGCUGCCGGUGAAAAUGUAAACACACAAUCGUCGCUGAAUGAUCAGUCAAAGCAAGUUUCACCUAAUGUUGUAGAUGUAGAAGAUUCCUUGACUGACGUAAAUCUAUCAAGUGGAGUUAAUACGGAUACUUCAAAGGCGGAGAACGUUACCAUUUCUUUUAAUAAGGAAAUAUCAAAAGUAAUACAAGAUAUUAAGAAUAAAGAGGAGAAUGAGAAAUCAUCAACUCAUGAUUUAUCUAAUCAAAAACAAUUAAGUGGUGAAGGUACAAAGAAUCAAUUAAAGAGGGUCGCCGGUAAGAAACCCCUCGAACAUAUAGUAGAAGCCGGUCCUUCAAUUUAUGCGCAAGAUCGCAAAGAAGUUUCCGGUAUAACAUCAUCUUAUCAACUUAGAGAAAAGCGUUCAUAUCCACCUAGUUUUAAAGAUGUUAAUAAACCGGAUGAAUCACGUCCCUCAAAAGUUCACAAAGUCUCUUUGAAGACCGUUCAGUCAUUUCAAGAAGGUGCUGGUGUUAUUACAUCACCUAAAAGUUCCGAAAUCCACACAUCACAGCAAACUAAGUUCGCUACAACUAAAUAUCAUGAUAUCUCCGAAGAUGUUAAUGGCAAGUCGACAAUCAAAGAUGUUACUACAUCACCUUCUACCAAAGCCGGGCCUGUACGUAAGCUGGGAAGGCCUCCAAAAUCACUACAAGAGGCUCGUAACAAUAUUCAACGUAAUUGGACAUGGCAGAAAAAGAAGAAGGAUCUCAAGACAAUCUUGAAUAAGUUAUUGGACUCUUUCGAAAAGAAAGAUGCGUAUGGUUUCUUUUUGGAACCUGUUGAUACAAGCAUCGUGACUGAUUAUUCGACCAUUAUCACAAAUCCUAUGGACCUCGGAACGAUGCGUAAGAAGGUGGCAAAUAAUGAAUAUACAACCAUUGAUGCAUUCAAGGACGAUCUUGCAAUUAUUUGUAAUAAUUGCAAGACAUAUAAUGCUCCAGAAACUUUAUAUUAUAAAAGUGCCGAAAAACUUUGGGCUUUUGGCGAAAAAUCUAUUGAACGAGAAAGAGAUAGUAUUCUAUUAGAAGAAGAAAAGGCAAAAGCAUUGGAAGAAAUUAUUGAUAUUGAAUAUGGAGGCAAGAAGUCUAAUAUUAACGUUGGCAACAAUGCUUCUAGCAGAGGCUCCUCCGUUUCUUCAAGGCCUUUGAGACAACCUAGAAGAACGAAGCGAGGAGAUCCGCGCAAACAAUUUGCACAGGAUGGUUCAGUUUUGCCUUUUGGAAAUCCUGGAGAGCUUUUGCCAAAAGCACGACCCUUUGGCGAGACACCAUUACUUACAGUUAUAUCAUCAAAAGCCCAACGUCCAGCACGAUUUGAAGAUUAUGGUCCAUUCGCGACGUUAGGAAUGGACGCGCCAUAUUAUUCACCAUCCGAAAAAGAAUAUUUCUAUAAUAUAUAUGGUGAUGAAAGGGGAUACGCUUAUUCUCAAAGCAUAAAGAACUUUGUCAAAGAUAUGGGUGAUGAAAUGAACUCGCAGGUUGACAAAUUCCUUAACAAAUUGACUCGAGGUGCAUACAGUGUCGACCAACAAAUUGCUAACAUGGAGACAGAACCUAUUGAUACGUCCGCUGUCUUGGACACCGAAUUUGGCCCAGUUAAUGUGGGUAACGAACUCGGCCAAAUUCGGCGCCUCCCUGAACUUAGAAAACAAAGAGCAGAGUUGGAAAUGUGGCAAAACGAAAAAAUCGAUCUAGACUUUCUAGUAAGCGAUCAGGAAGCCAGUUCCAUGUUGGCCACUCUCGGAAACACCAGUUUCCAAGAAAUGUUGGAUCUCAAUGCCAAGUCAUUGGCCGAGUUAAUCGCGGUAAAGAAUAACGAAAAUGCUGUUGCUCAUCAAGGGACACAGAAACAGCUUGUUGACGAUGUGCAACAUCGUCUGUUCCAACUUGCUCAGCACGCGCCUAGGAGCGAGAUUAAAUCGCGUGCAAUAUCUCCUAUGCAAUCAUACGUAAUGCCGGUUCCUGUGGUCGGCUCACAGGCGACAAAAACACAGAUACCGAAACAUUCUACAUCGGGUGUGGAACAAAACGAUCCAAUCAGUGCAUUAGCGCCGUCCUUGCCCGAAUUUCUUGCUAUAAGUGGAAAAGGUCGUACUAAGCCGUGCAAUUAUAAUCCUGCCGGAAAGUGUGCCAAUUGUCAGACUACCGAUACUCCCGGAUGGCGAGCGGGAGAAACUUCCGAUCAAAAAUUGUGUAAUG